AUGGAGGCGUCCCAGGACAGAAGAUGGGCUUUCAUAGCCAACUACUUGCAGAAAUCCCUCAAUGUGAAACAGGAUAAGUGGGAAAAAUGCGUUUCCGUCGAGGAGAACCAGCAGGUGUUGCAGGCGUUCCUGGACGGAGAGGAGCAGAGUGUUCUGGUGGUGUCGGUGAGCGCGGCCGGUCUGCCGCAGCUGGCCAGCGGCUUCACCGGCGGAUACACGCACAAGUCCGUUUACUUCCUAAAGAAGGACAAAGGCGCCCUGAAGGCGGGAAAUAUGAGGGGAAGCUUGGUGUACGGGGACAUGUCCCCCGAUACACUGGAGCACUUUUCUCUUCUGGUGGAGGAGGUUAUAGCCCCGCUGCUCUCCAACCCCAAAAACCACAAUGAGUGGCCACAGGCCGUGUCUCAGGACGUCUUGCGGCUCGUCCACUCCCUCAAGAACAGUGUGUUUGUGAUGUCAGCCCAAGUCAAAGGCAAAACUCUGCUACCGUUCCCGGAAGACUUUGAGAGAGUGGAGCAAAAUGCUCUGGAGAUAGAAAGGGGGGGAACGGCAGAUGUGAAAAGUAUCUACAUCUCGGAGACUGCAGUGAUAGAGUGGAGCCAUCAGGUCUAUGCAGUCCUCAAGAAAGACUCAGCAGAGGCUCUGCUGGGAGACAAAAACCCCCUGCCUCACGCAGAGAUGCUCUUCUGGAAAAACAGAUGUGCAGAUUUGGAGUUCAUCCAGUCCCAGUUAAAAUCCUCUAAAGUGACUAAGAUGGCGCAGUUGUUGGAGGCUGCGGAGAGCAGCUACUUUCCUUCUUUUAUGAAAAUGCAACAGGACAUCCUUGCAGCUCUGGAGGAGGCGGAGGACAUUGGCACGUUCCUGAAACCGCUAGAGUUUCCUUUUGAGGAAAUGGAGAACGCUGAGUUUCCUGAUGUCGAGCGUCAGAUCGGACCUUUGAUGCACACAGUAUGUCUAAUAUGGGCCAACUCCAGAUACUACAACACCCCCGCACGGCUCGUGGUUCUGCUGCAGGAGAUCUGCAACCUCCUCAUACAGCAGGCCCGGGUAUUUCUGGCUCCUGAAGAAGUUCUGAAAGGAGAGAUUCCAGUGAGUCUGGUCAAGGUGGAGAAGAGCCUGGAGAUCCUGCAGCUCUUCAGGAGCUCCUAUGACGACUCCCAGGCCAAUCUGAAACGCUACGAGAAGAAUGGCAACGUGGUUCGGCCGUGGGACUUUCCCCCGUCCUUGGUUUUCUCUGGAUUUGACCAGUUUGUUAUCAGGGUGAAAACCAUUCAGGGCAUCCUGUUAACAGCUUUGGACCUACUGAAGCUUGAGAAAGUGGAGAUUGGAGGCGUCCGAGGCCAAGCUCUCACCCAGCAGGUUCAGCUGAUAUACCAAGAGUUUUCAGACACUUACAAAUUCUUCACAGAGAAGAACUAUGACUGCCUGGACGUUAGAAACUUGGAGUUUGAAGAAGAUGUGAGGAAGCUCAACCUGCAGGUGGAGGAUGCAGAGAGGAGACUCGGAGCCAUCUUCUUAAAGGCUUUUGAUGACGCCUCGGGACUAGAAUACGCCUUCAAGGUUCUGGAAAUGUUUGGCAGCCUGCUGCAGCGUCCAUUAGUUGCUGCAGAUGCCCAGAGCAGAUAUCCAUCUCUUUUGUCUAUGUUUGACAAAGAGCUGGACUGUUGUAAACUCGUCUACGACAAACAUACAGAAGCUUCAGAAGAGCUGAGACCGGCUCCAGAGCAUAAGAAUAUGCCACCAGUCGCCGGAGAGCUGAAAUGGGCCCGUGAGCUGCAGCAGCGCAUCCAAUCCCUCUAUUCCAAAUUCGGGCAGCUCACCUACCCGUGGUUGGAGUCUGCAGAAGGAGCCGGAGUCAUCCAGAAGUAUGAGAAUAUGAUGCAACUGCAGGACAGAUUCUCCACUGGCUUGUACAAGACAUGGACAGAGAAUGUGGGCGAGCUUUCUCAGUACAACCUCAGUUUGCCAUUAAUCACCAGAGACCCGGACACUUGGCAGAUCUCAGUCAACUUCAGCCCGCAGCUCGCGUCUGUGCUCAGGGAAGUGAGGGACUUGGACAGUGCACAGAUCGGGACCAUACCAGAAACUGCACUGCAGAUCUACAGCAUCAAGGACCAGCUGUGGCAGUUUGUGAACAACCUGGAACUUAUCUCCGUCAGAUACAACAAGGUGAUGCAAACUGUGCUGGACGUGGAGUUUCCUCUGGUUCAGGGCCAGAUCAGGGACGUUGACGCUGAGCUGAAAAAGGCUGAGGAGAGUCUGAACUGGAACAGCAAAGGUGUUUGGCAGUAUAUCCAGCACCUGCGAGACUCUGUGUGUGACUUGGAAAGCCGAGUGCAGAAGACCAAGGACAACGUGGAGCAGAUGGAGCACUGCCUGAAGUCUUGGGUCACCCCCAUGUUUGGCAGGAAGGAGGGGAAGAAAGAUGCGCUGCUGGAGGACAAGACUGAGGCGGUGGAGAAGUUCUACAGUCAUAUACGGUCCUCUGGGGAGAAGAUCCACUCCCUGCUACAGAAAAAUCUGGAGCUGUUCAGAGCUGAGCCGUCCUCUGUGGAGUGGAAGGCCUACGUGGAUUACAUAGAUGACAUGAUUAUAGAUGGCUUCUUCUGCAGCAUCGAGUGCUCUCUCAAGUUCUUCUUGAACAUCACUGACCCGGCAGCGGUGGUCGCCCCGUUGUUUGAGGUUCAUCUAGAUCUGAAGAUUCCUGACAUCGUCUUUACUCCCUCCAUGGAUGUUGGAGCUGCAGACAGUUUUUUUGAGAUGGUGGAGAACCUCAUUAAUAAUGUGUUCAGGAUGUCCUCACAGAUGCAGCGCCUCUCCCAGGACAUGCCCGUCCCCCACUACCAGGCGGAUAUGGAGGACAUGGCUGAUCUGGCAGAAAUGCGUCAAGUCAUCAUGGACAGGGUGCAGAGCGCCAUGGUGCCGUGCUGUGUGUUCCGUAGCUCCCUGGAGUGUUACAACUACCUGUACGUGAAUGACAGGAAGGAGUUCAUGCGUCGGUUUCUUGUGUACGGCCAAAUUCUCACAAGCCCCGACAUGGAGGUUGAGAUGGAGCACGAGAGUCCCCCAACUCUGGAAAACUUUAGAGAGCAGCUGUGCAAUUACGAGGAGCUCUACGAGGAAACUCUGGGUCUUGAGGCGGUGCACGUGUUUCACGGCUGGAUCAGAGUGGACGGCCGGCGCAUGAAGAGCGCUUUACUCAAUGUCAUCAAAAAGUGGAGCUUCAUGUUCAAACAGCACCUGACUGAUCUAGUAACCAACAGUCUUUCAGAUCUGGAGACUUUUAUCGGCGAGGCUGAGGUUGGGCUGCAACAGGAGUUGAAGGAGGGGGAUUAUGGUUCUCUGGUUGAUGUCCUGGGUAACUUACUGGCUGUUAAAAACAGGCAAAACACAGCAGAUACCAUGUUUGAGCCCCUGCAGCAAACCAUAGCUCUUCUGAAGGAGUAUGAAGAGGAACUGCCCGAUGUGGUUUACACACAGUUAACGGAGCUGCCAGAAAAGUGGAAGAAUGUGAAAAAGCAGGCGUUAUCGGUUAAACAGCUCGUGGCUCCACUGCAAGCGAUGGAGGUUGGCAACCUUCGCCGAAAGUGUGCAGUGUUCGAUGUAAAGCUGCACAACUUCAGGGAACACUUCCGCAAAAUGGGGCCUUUCAGGUUUGACAGCAAGGAUCCCUUCCAGAUGCUGGACUUGUUCAACAAGCAGAUCCAGGAGAAUGAGGUGGUGACGACCUCUCUGGUGGAGUCUGCAAGACUGUUUGAGGUCACAAUCUCCGACUACAAACAGCUCAGACAAUGCAGGCGUGAGGUGGCUCACCUGAAAGAGUUGUGGGACAUGAUCACUAUUGUGGAAUCCAGCAUAGCAGCGUGGAGAACAACUGCCUGGAGGGACAUCAAUGUGGAGGACAUGGAGAUGGAGUGCAAACGAUUUGCUAAAGACAUUCGGGGGCUGGACAAAGAGGUCAGGGCAUGGGAGGCCUUCACAGGUUUGGACAGCCUGGUAAAGAACAACAUCAUCUCCCUCCGAGCUGUGGGGGAGCUCCAAAACUCGGCCAUACGACCCCGGCACUGGUACCAGCUGAUGGCUGCAACCGGAGUCCGCUUCACCAUGAAUCAGGACACCACCCUGGCAGACCUGAUGCAGCUCAACCUGCACCGCUUCGAGGACGAGGUCAGAGGGAUCGUGGACAAGGCCGUUAAAGAGAUGGGGAUGGAGAAAGUCCUGUCAGAGCUCAACUCCACAUGGAAAGGAAUGGAGUUCCAGUAUGAACCCCACCACCGGACCCAGGUGCCUUUGCUCCGCACAGACGAGGAGCUUAUUGAGACACUGGAAGAUAACCAGGUUCAGCUGCAGAACCUCAUCACAUCCAAGUACAUCGCAUACUUCCUGGAUGAAGUAUCGUCAUGGCAGAACCAGCUGUCCGUGGCGGACUCCGUCAUCUCCAUCUGGUUUGAGGUCCAGCGGACCUGGAGUCACCUGGAAAGCAUCUUCAUCGGCUCUGAGGACAUCCGGGUCCAGCUGCCCAAGGACACCCAACGCUUCGAGGGCAUUGAUAAUGAUUUCAAAGAACUGGCAAACAUCAUGCAUCAGACGCCCAACGUAGUGGAAGCCACCAAUAAACCAGGCCUGUUUGUCAAACUGGAGGACAUCCAGGGCAGGCUUUCUCUCUGUGAAAAGGCUUUAGCAGAAUACUUGGACACCAAGCGUCUGGCCUUUCCUCGAUUUUACUUCAUUUCUUCAGCUGAUCUUUUGGACAUCCUUUCAAAUGGAACCAACCCACACCAGGUCCAGAAGCAUCUGUCUAAGCUGUUUGACAACAUGGCUAAGCUGAAAUUCAAAGAAGAUGAAGAUGGGAAUCCUUCUAAGAUUUCUCUUGGCAUGUACAGCAAAGAGGAAGAGUACGUCCCCUUUAAUCAGCCCUGUGACUGCACCGGACAGGUGGAGGUGUGGUUGAACCGGGUGAUGGAAACCAUGCGCUCCACUGUUCGCCACUACAUGACGGAGGCAGUAGUCGCUUACGAGGAUAAACCCAGAGAGCAGUGGCUGUUUGACUAUCCAGCUCAGGUGGCAUUGACCUGCACACAGAUCUGGUGGACGACUGACGUGAACAUGGCUUUUGCCCGUCUUGAAGAAGGCCAUGAUAAUUCCAUGAAGGAGUACUACAAGAAGCAGGUGGCUCAGCUCAACACCCUUAUCUCCAUGCUGAUUGGUCAGCUGACGCCGGGAGAUAGGCAGAAAAUCAUGACCAUCUGCACCAUUGAUGUCCAUGCCAGAGACGUGGUGGCCAAGAUGAUCACGCAGAAAUUGGACAAUUCUCAGGCCUUCCUGUGGCUCUCCCAGUUGAGACACCGCUGGGGUGAAAAGGAAAGACAUUGUUUCGCCAACAUCUGUGACGGCCAGUUCCGCUACUCUUAUGAAUACCUGGGCAACACGCCACGACUGGUCAUCACUCCUCUGACAGACAGGUGCUACAUCACCUUGACUCAGUCCCUCCACCUGACCAUGAGUGGAGCUCCAGCAGGGCCGGCAGGCACGGGGAAAACGGAGACCACCAAAGACUUGGGGAGAGCUCUCGGCAUCAUGGUGUACGUGUUCAACUGCUCCGAGCAGAUGGACUACAAGUCCUGCGGGAACAUCUACAAAGGCCUGGUCCAGACGGGAGCGUGGGGCUGCUUCGACGAGUUCAACAGGAUCUCGGUGGAGGUGCUUUCUGUGGUGGCUGUACAGGUCAAAAGCAUUCAAGAUGCUAUCCGCUAUAAGAAGAAGAGGUUUAACUUCAUGGGAGAAGAGGUGAAUCUUUGUCCCACUGUGGGCAUCUUCAUCACGAUGAAUCCAGGCUACGCUGGCAGGACCGAACUUCCGGAGAACCUCAAGGCUCUGUUCAGACCUUGUGCCAUGGUGGUGCCUGAUUUUGAGCUGAUCUGUGAAAUUAUGCUGGUGGCCGAAGGUUUCCUCAGCGCCCGGAUCCUCGCGCGGAAGUUCAUCACCCUCUACACGCUGUGCAAGGAGUUGUUGUCCAAACAGGAUCACUAUGACUGGGGCCUCAGAGCCAUCAAAUCUGUGCUGGUCGUGGCAGGAUCUCUGAAAAGAGGAGACCCAGAACGAGCCGAGGACCAAGUACUCAUGCGAGCGCUGAGAGACUUCAACAUUCCAAAGAUUGUGACAGACGACGUGCCCGUGUUCAUGGGCCUGAUAGGGGACCUAUUCCCCUCCCUGGACAUCCCCAGGAAGAGAGACCCGGACUUCGAGAAGCAUGUGAAGCAGGCGGUUCUGGACCUGAAGUUACAGGCGGAGGACAAUUUUGUACUCAAGGUAGUACAGAUGGAGGAACUGCUGGCCGUACGUCACUCGGUGUUUGUCAUCGGGAACGCAGGCACGGGGAAGAGUCAGGUGAUGAGGUCUCUCCAGAAAACCUAUCAGAACAUGAAGCGCCGGCCCGUGUGGGCCGACCUCAAUCCCAAGGCUGUGACCAAUGAUGAGCUCUUUGGAAUCAUCAACCCAGCCACCAGAGAGUGGAAAGAUGGUCUGUUCUCGUGUAUAAUGCGUGAACUGGCCAACAUCAGCCACAGUGGGCCUAAGUGGAUUGUUCUGGAUGGAGACAUUGACCCUAUGUGGAUCGAGUCACUCAACACAGUCAUGGAUGACAACAAGGUGCUGACUCUGGCCAGUAAUGAGCGGAUCCCCCUGAACAAAACGAUGCGGCUGGUGUUUGAGAUUAGUCACCUUCGCACUGCUACUCCUGCCACCGUAUCCAGAGCAGGGAUUCUGUACAUCAACCCAGCAGAUCUCGGCUGGAACCCACAGGUGUCCAGUUGGAUCGAGACCAGAGAGAUUAAGUCUGAGAAGGCCAACCUGAACAUCCUGUUUGACAAGUACCUUCCCUCCUGCCUGGACACUCUCAGAUCAAGGUUUAAGAAGAUCAUCCCCAUCCCUGAGCAGAGCCUGGUGCAGAUGCUGUGCUACCUGCUGGAGUGCCUUAUGACUCCAGAAAACACCCCGCCCGACUGUGCCAAAGAACUUUAUGAGCUCUACUUUGUCUUCGCUACUCUGUGGGCCUUUGGGGGAGCCUUGUUCCAAGACCAGCUGGUCGACUACAGAGUGGAGUUCAGCAAGUGGUGGGUCACCACUUUCAAAACCAUCAAGUUCCCGUCCCAGGGGACCGUGUUCGACUACUACAUCGACCCAGAGAGCAAAAAGUUUGAACCGUGGUCCAAGAUGGUGCCCACGUUUGAGAUGGAUCCUGAUAUUCCACUUCAGGCGUGUCUAGUCCACACCACAGAGACCAUUCGAGUCCGUUACUUCAUGGACCGGCUCCUGGAACACCGCAGGCCAGUCAUGCUGGUCGGGAACGCCGGCACUGGGAAGUCGGUUCUAGUCGGGGACAAACUCCAAUCGUUGGAUCCAGACAAAUACAUGGUCAAAAACGUCCCCUUCAACUAUUACACCUCAUCUGCUAUGCUGCAAGCUGUGCUGGAAAAGCCCCUUGAGAAGAAAGCAGGACGCAACUACGGCCCUCCCGGCAGCAGAAGACUGAUCUACUUCAUAGAUGACGUGAAUAUGCCCGAGGUGGACGCGUACGGCACCGUCCAGCCCCACACACUCAUACGGCAACACAUGGACUACAGCCACUGGUAUGACCGUAAUAAGCUGCUGUUGAAAGAAAUCCACAACGUUCAGUACGUGUCCUGCAUGAACCCCACAGCCGGCAGCUUCACCAUUAAUCCCCGGCUGCAGCGACACUUUGCAGUCUUUGCAUUGUCUUUUCCUGGAGCCGAGGCCCUGAGCACCAUCUACUGCUCCAUCCUGUCUCAGCACCUGAGGGGCGAAGGCUUCAGUCCCGCCCUGCAGAAGAGCUGCCCCACCCUGGUGCAGCUGGCCCUGGCGCUGCACCAGAGCAUCUCCUGCUCCUUCCUCCCCACCGCAGUCAAGUUCCACUACAUCUUCAACCUACGGGACCUCUCCAACAUAUUUCAGGGUAUUCUCUUCUGCACCAGUGAGUGUCUGAAAACCCCAACAGACCUGCUGAAAAUCUACCUGCAUGAAUCCAGCCGGGUCUACAGAGACAAGCUGGUGGAAGAGCAGGACAUGCAAGCCUUUGAUAAGCUGCAGUCGGACAAAGUGAAAAAGUUCUACGAGGACAAGCAGGAGACUCUGGAGCAGAUCAGGAAGAUGAACGUGUACUGCCACUUCGCCUGUGGGCUGGGGGAACCCAAGUACAUGUCUGCGGAGUCGUGGAGCAGCCUCAACAAAACCCUGGUGGAAGCUCUGACCAGCUACAACGAGGUCAACGCCGCCGUCAACCUGGUGCUGUUUGAGGACGCCAUGGCCCACAUCUGCAGAAUAAACCGGAUCCUGGAGUCUCCGCGGGGGAACGCGCUGCUGGUCGGAGUGGGCGGGAGCGGCAAGCAGAGUCUGACCCGACUGGCCGCAUUCAUCUCCAGUCUGGAGGUUUUUCAGAUCACCUUGAGGAAAGGAUACGGCAUCCCCGACCUAAAGAGUGACCUGGUGUCCCUCUACGUCAAAGCCGGCCUCAAGAAUAUCGGCACCGUGUUACUGAUGACUGACGCCCAAGUGGCAGAUGAAAAGUUCCUCGUGCUCGUCAACGAUCUUUUGGCGUCAGGGGAGAUUCCUGACCUGUUCCCAGAUGAUGAGUUGGAAAACAUCAUUAGCAGCAUGAGGUCAGAGGUCCGCGGCUCAGGAUUGUUGGAUACGAGAGAAAACUGCUGGAAGUUCUUCAUCGACCGCGUUCGCAGACAGCUCAAGGUGGCUCUGUGUUUCUCUCCAGUGGGCAGUAAACUGCGGGUUCGCAGCAGAAGGUUCCCCGCCGUGGUCAACUGCACAGCCAUCGACUGGUUCCACGAGUGGCCGCAGGAAGCACUGGAGUCAGUCAGCUUCCGGUUCCUGCAGGAGGUGGAGAUUAUCGAGCCUCAGGUGAAGGAGUCAGUGAGUAAGUUCAUGGCAUACGUGCACACCAGCGUCAAUCAAACCUCCAAAGAGUACCUGGAAAACGAGCGGCGCUACAACUACACCACACCCAAGUCUUUUCUGGAGCAGAUAAACCUCUAUCGCAGCCUCCUGGGCCAGAAGAGCAAAGAGCUCACCAGCAAGAUGGAGAGGCUGGAGAACGGCCGGCAGAAGCUGCACAGCACCUCCGCUCAGGUGGACGACCUCAAAGCCAAGCUGGCCGCUCAGGAAGUCGAACUCCAGCAGAAAAACGAGGAUGCUGACAAACUGAUUCAGGUGGUUGGGGUAGAAGCUGAGAAGGUGUCGAAGGAGAAGGCGGUGGCCGACGCGGAGGAGGAGAAGGUGGAGGCCAUCGCCGUGGUGGUCACCGGCAAACAGAGAGACUGUGAAGAAGACUUGGCCAAGGCAGAACCAGCUCUCCUCGCAGCUCAGGAGGCCCUGAACACUCUCAACAAAAGCAAUUUGACGGAGCUGAAGUCCUUCGGUUCUCCUGUGACGGCGGUGACCAACGUCACGGCGGCCGUCAUGGUGCUGAUGGCGCCCAAAGGCAAAGUCCCAAAGGAUCGCAGCUGGAAGGCCGCCAAGGUGAUGAUGGCCAAAGUGGACGGAUUCCUGGACUCUCUGAUCAACUUCGACAAGGAAAACAUCCCGGAUUCUUGCCUGAAAGCCAUUCAGCCUUACCUGAAGGAUCCAGAGUUCCACCCAGAUCUCGUGGCCUCCAAGUCCAACGCAGCAGCGGGUCUCUGUUCCUGGGUCGUAAACAUCCUCCAGUUCCACAAGGUUUUCUGUGAGGUGGAGCCCAAGCGCAAGGCUCUGAGCAAGGCCAACGCCGAGCUGGACGGUGCACGGGAGAAGCUCACCACCAUCAAGAAAAAGAUAAACCUCCUUGACGAGAACUUGGCCAAGCUCACAGCCCAGUUUGAGAAAGCCACUGGGGAGAAGCUCAGGUGCCAGCAGGAAGCCGAAUCAACGGCCAACGUCAUUUCACUGGCCAACCGUUUGGUGGGCGGUCUGGCAUCGGAAAACGUUCGCUGGGCGGAAGCCAUCGAGAACUUUAAGAGUCAGCAGAGGACUCUGUGUGGGGACGUCCUCCUCGUCACCGCCUCCGUCUCCUACCUCGGUUACUUCACCAAACGUUACCGGCAGCACCUCCUGGGAAGCUGCUGGCUGCCGUUUCUCAGUCAGCUCAAGGUUCCCAUCCUGGUCACCGAGGACCUGGACCCUUUGACCACGCUGAUUGACGACGCCGACAUUGCGGCGUGGCAGAAUGAGGGCCUGCCCGCUGACCGGAUGUCCACGGAGAACGCCACCAUCCUCACGUCCUGCCAGCGCUGGCCCCUCAUGGUGGACCCCCAGCUGCAGGGCAUCAAGUGGAUCAAAAACAAAUAUGGAGAAGGCCUGAGGGUCAUCCGCACCGAACAGCGAGGGUACCUGGAGGACAUGGAGAGAGCGCUGGCAGUCGGGGAUACGGUGCUCAUAGAGAACUUAGGGGAAAUACUGGAUCCCGUUCUCGGACCUCUGCUGGGCAGAGAAACCAUCAAAAAGGGCAGGUACAUAAAGAUCGGUGACAAAGAGUGCGAGUACAACCCCACGUUCCGCCUCAUACUUCACACCAAGCUGGCCAACCCUCACUACCAGCCGGAGCUGCAGGCCCAGUGCACCCUGAUAAACUUCACCGUGACCAGAGACGGUCUGGAGGAUCAGCUGCUGGCUGCCGUGGUCAGCAUGGAGAGACCGGACCUGGAGGAGCUGAAGUCCGACCUGACGAAGCAGCAGAACGGUUUCAAGAUCACUCUGAAGACGCUGGAGGACAACCUGCUCUCACGUUUGUCCUCCGCCUCAGGAAACUUCCUGGGAGACACAGAGCUGGUGGAGAAUCUGGAGACGACCAAACGCACCGCUGCUGAGAUAGAAGAGAAGGUCCUGGUAAAAGAAGCCAAGGUGACAGAGGCCAAAAUCAACGAGGCUCGGGAGCACUACCGGCUAGCAGCGGCGCGGGCUUCCUUACUGUAUUUCAUAAUGAACGACCUCUCAAUAAAAUCCACCCCAUGUAACGAGUUCUCUCUGAAGGCAUCAUGUGAUUUUAUUGUUGAUAAUUUUAACAGGAAACUAGAAUCCACUCUGAACUCAGAUAUUCUACAAAUACCUAUCAUGAUGAAUAUGUGACCUCUCAUCCUCACAAACCAGGGAGAGCUGACGAUGACCACGGACAUGGAGAACCUUCAGAAUGCCAUUUUCCUGGACGUGGUGCCGGAGAACUGGACCAAACGGGCGUAUCCCUCCAUGUCGGGCUUGGCUUUGUGGUUCACGGACUUGCUGGCCCGGAUCAAGGAGCUGGAAGCCUGGUCUACUGACUUCACCUUACCCUCCGUCGUGUGGCUCGCCGGCUUCUUCAACCCCCAGUCCUUCCUCACCGCCAUCAUGCAGGCCAUGGCUAGAAGGAACGAGUGGCCUCUGGACAGCAUGAGUCUGCAGUGUGAUGUCACAAAGAAGAACCGGGAGGACUUCCCCACUCCUCCCCGGGAAGGGGCGUACAUACACGGCCUGUUCAUGGAGGGGGCUCGCUGGGACACACAGUCCGGUUUGAUCGUUGACGCCCGGCUGAAGGAGCUCACUCCGGCCAUGCCCGUCAUCUUCAUCAAGGCCAUCCCUGCGUCCAAAGAGGAGAGUCAGGUCGUGUACCAUUGUCCCGUCUAUAAGACGCGCCAGCGGGGACCCACGUUCGUGUGGACGUUCAAGCUGAAGACCAAAGAGAACCCGUCCAGAUGGGCGGUGGCCGGAGUGGCUCUGCUGCUGCAGAUCUAA